AUGUUGACCGCAGUCUUAAAACCGAAAACUAAAAAAGCCAUUAACAAACCAAGCCGUAAAGGAAAAAAAGCGUGGAGAAAAAAUGUCGACAUAACUGAAGUUGAAGAAGCUUUAGAAAAGAUAAGAGAUGAGGAAAGAACUUUAGG